AUGUCGACACUCGAAUCAUUUGUGAGGUCCGCGACAAAGUAUACAAGUGAGGGGCUUGUUCCAUUAGGAGGAGCUGGAGGUCGCACCUUUGUUGGUCGACGCGAAAGCUCUAUUCCUUUAAGAGUCAUCUCCCCCACUCUUGUAUCUGCUCCCCACACUGUUCGAACUGACUUAGGAGUUCCCGGUGGUGCUCUUUGGGAUUGGCGAGUGGAAAAGCUAGUGAGGGCUCUUUUUGGAGUUGCCAGUUGCUGUCAACCAGCAGUGUAUGGGAUUCUUGAGAUUCAAAUUUAUAGAAAGAAGGCUUUAAGAGAAAAUCGCAAAUCAGAAGGUGAGCAUGAAGCAUGUAGGAGACUCAAGACUCAGUUUCUCAUCGAGAUGGAAGGCUUUGACAAUAUUAGUGAACAGAUUCUGCUUAUAGGUGACUGUUCAUACUGUGAUUUUUUAGAAUAUGCUGAACUGAUUUCUUAUAAGCUUCGUCUGUAUGAGAAAAGUUACCACUAUGUUGGGUUACUAAAAGCAGUAAUGAGGCUGUCAACAGGCUCUUUAAAGGCUGCAGAUGCAAAGGAAGUUGCCGCCUCAGUUACAGCAAUUGCAAAUGAAAAAAUGAAGGCAGAGAAAGAGGCCAAUGCGGGCAAAAAGAAAACAGGCUUAAAGAAAAAGCAGCUUCUUGUUGAUAAGCCUGAUGAUGAUUUGGCUGUUGCUGCCUACGAUGAUAAUGAUGAUUAUGAUUUCAUGUGAGCACAUAAUGAUUCAUAUAUUCAAGCAUUCAAGCUGAAUCCUUUGAUUGUUCGAGAUUGUGAAAAUUUUCAAGUCCCUUCUCCACACCAACUUUGGUAUACAGUAUAUAGUUAUGUUAUGUCUGGAUUGGAGAUGAAGACCGAAGAGAUAUCCUUAAGGAUAGCGUCACAUUGCCCAGUUGAAUUCAGCUGGUGCCCCUCGUUUGGAACUGAAUUUUUGUACGCUUGCAUAAUUAUUCUGUAACGAUUAGUUCACACAUCGAUUUACUGUGCAAACCUGUAUUUGAUUGGUUCACACAAGCUGAUUGCUACUUAUGAUAAUCAAGAUCUCUGUCAUUUCUACGCC